AUGAGUGAAGCACAGAAAUACCAAAUGCAGAUUGAAUGUGGGAUUUGUAAUCAUCCUGUUAAUGGGAAAUAUCCAAUUUGUUGUGAGUGUUUAAUAAAACAAUUAAUUGACAACGAACAAUAUUAUCGGUGUUUAAAUGAAAGUAGACAGUACUCACAGAAAAUGGUUGUAAUGUUAGAAAAGAAUGAGGAAGAAAUUGAACAAGAAAUAAAGAAUGAAGAAGAGGUUGUCAAAAAACUUGAGAAAGAGAUCAAUGAAUUAACAGAAGAACAAAAAACUUUAGAAGAAAAGAAGAAAGGAAUUACACAAAUGAAAGAAAUAGAAAAAGAGAUCAGAAGAAGACACUUCAUGGUGGUAAAUAAAAUGAACAAAGAAAUACAAGAAAUCAAAGAAGUAUUUGAACAAAAUAAACCAUAUUAUAUUGAGGAAGUUGAUUGUUGGAGAAGUGUUUUCAACACCGAAUAUGAUAAAAAUGGACCUAUAAUUAAUGGGAUUAAUGUAAUAGAAUCAUUCAGAAAAAAAGAUAAUAAAAACAUCAAAAUUGGUUUUUCAUACAUAUUGUUAGAAAUCAAUAAAAUAGCAGAAAUGAUUGGUUAUCACUCUAAUCAAUUUGCAAUUGAACGAACAGCAGAACCAGUCACAUUGAUUAACAAACAUGAAAUUAUUCGAUGUAGUGAUUUUACUACUCAGAAAGAAGAAAAAAGAAAACUGGAGAAAGGGUUAAAAAAUAUAUUAACCUUAGUAAAUGAUAUGGGAAGACAUCUUUCAAUAGAAACAAAAAAUAAAUUUAAAUUACCAUUUUCUAUUGAAGAAGAAGAAAUUCAGAAAGUGAGUAUUUAUCCAGAUGAAAAAUUAGAAAGAUUUGGAAUAGCACUAAAAUUUUUAAUGACAGACAUCAUGAGUAUUCGAUGUUAUCAUAUGUUAAUCGAUAACUAA